GCAUUGGGGUUUCAUCUUUCUACAACAAUAGUUGUUUUCGACAGGAGAAUUAGUCGAUUACAACAUCUGGUGUCACAAAGCACAACAUAAUAUGUGUAUGCCUGUAAUGUCAUGGCAGUUUGAAACCCAGGAUCACACAUUUCAGCUAGAGUGGGGACAGCCAAGCUAUUUCAGUGGCUAAACAUGUUACACAUCAACUCCAGCAUAUAAAACCAUUCCGUCACUAGCAGCAGCACCACACUGGGUACAACUCUUCACAAUGCAGAAGGGUCCGAUAACACUGCUGCUUCUCCUGCUGAUUUGUAACUCGUGCUGCAGCCAGGACGUAUUGCUAGACAUCCUGAUUGUAGAAGAUGUGUCGCGCUCCAUCGGCAAACCCAACUUUGACGAAAUGAAACGAUUCCAAGAGAGUAUGGUACAGUCUACCAACAUAGGCCAUGAUGCUGUUAACUUUGCAUUGAUAGCGUUUUCUUCAAACGCUAGAGUGGUAUUCAGAUUCAAUGAAUAUAGGAACUCCAAGUCGGGCGUUCUGGCAGCUCUCAAACAACAGACAUACGAAGAGGGUCCUUCUACGAACAUCGGCGAUGCCAUCAAGCUGGCAACUAGUACAAUUUCCAAUGGCGACCGCAAUGACGCUGACAACAAUGUCAUCAUGUUUACCGAUGGGUACACCACAAGUGAGGACCGGGAGGCCAUUGCUGCCAGUAUUGGUUAUCUGAAAGCCAAAGCUGAGGUAUUUGUUGUUGCUAUCAAGGAAGUUGAUGCCAAUUCCACAAUCCACCUAAUUGCAUCGAGAGCUGCCAACAUCUUCCAGAUUGGCUCCCCUGAUGCAGUCAGGGCUAUCCUACGGAAGAUGAGGAAUGGUCCCGUCCCCUGACUGAACAGGUUGGAUGAAAUAGCUGCACUAAAUGUUAUUUCAUAACCAAUAAAUGGUCUGCAUAUGC